UCUUCCAUGUCUCCUGGGCCAAGUGCAUGGCCUAGCCCACAGAAUACGUUCGGUGAAUAGGUGACAAGCAGCCUUCUGCACCCACUGGCAGACUCUUCCCUAUGGCCACCCUUGUAAGAUGUUUGCUUCUCCACACAUUUGCUCAGGCUGAUAUUCUACCUGAAGUGCCCUUUCACUUCAUCAUAAACAUCCAUCAGGGUCCAGCUGCAGCCCCACCCCCUUAACAGCUAUAUCGAUAUCCACCACGUUGCACAUGGCCUCUCACACAUGCCCUCGUUCAUGCUUGUGCCCAUUUCACAGAUGGGAAGCAGACUCAGAAGCAUUCAGUGACAAGUUCCAGGGUCACACUGCUGAUAAAUCCUGUGCAAAGCAAGAGCUCAAACCCACGUCAUCUGAUUCCAGGCUCUCUGCUCCCUACAUUUCACCAAUUGCUUAGAAGUCCUCCCUGAGGUUUGCAAAGAGUUUUAUGGUCCUCCUUCCCCAUCUUAGGAAUGAACAGGAAGAUCUGGGUGUGAUAGAAUUAUUACUGACACUAAAAGUUAACGUUCAACACUGGGAAGUGGCCCUUCCCUGGCAGGGGUUUGCCACUCUGACCACUGAAGCCAGCUCUGGGAGCUCCCGUGGCCGGGCAUUUAUAGCUCUGUGUGUUACAGUUCACUAAAUACUCUCAACUUCUCGAAAAGCUGGUUUUUUCCUCUUGGGAGCGGCUGACUCUACCCUUUAUGAGAAUUGCAAGCCUGCUGGUGCCCUGCCCAUUGGGAAACACCUCACUCUGUCACUCUAUAAAUGUCUGAGGUGGCCCCAAGGGAGGACUUGUGCGGCACCGCUGUCUCCCCAGGACGUGAAGUUCCCACCACCCCACCAUGAGGUUUCUAGCCCUCUCCAGAUUGCUCUGCAUCUUGCUCCUCUGCUUCUCCAUCUUCUCCGUGGAAGGGAGAAGGCAUUCUAGGCAUCUUGCCAAGCCCCGGAAAGGCAAGCUUUGCUGUUCCCGAGUUCCUAGUCCUGUCCCGACGGCCCAGAAAGGGCGCCAUGUGAGGAUCUGCAGACAGUGCAAAGUCAAGCCGGGGUCCCGCACUUGGGUAGUACCUGGGGCUCUCCCGCAAGUGUAAUGCUGCCCAAACAAGUCUACACACAGGUUGAGACCCUCAUGCCCAGUGCCUGAGGCACCCAGAAGUCUCAGGUUCUCUCAGGAUGCUCCUCUUGAAGCUGGGGCUGAGGGCAGAGAUGCCAAGAGCCUUGGCCCAUGGAAGCUUCUGCCCAUGAACCAUAAGCCUCUUCUCUUAAAGACACAACAUUUCUUCCCUGCUAUGUUGGAAUGUGCUCACGCUGCCUUUUAGAAAAGCCUGAACCAGAAUUUUCUGAAAACCACAACCUGGAUACAAAGGUCAAAACGCUGGAAUGCAUGUCUUGCUGUGUGGCCUUGGACAAGUAACUUAGCCUCUCUGGGUGCAUGUUGGCUUCAGAGAUGUAAAGUUCAGAGACUGAAAAACCCUCUAAGGAAGACCAUCAGUCACUGGCACCAAUGGGUUUCACUAUGCUUUUCAACCUUCCCGGCAGUGAGCUGGGAUGUUGUGGGGCUUCACCUUGGUCAGCAAGGGCCCUGAGAAAGUUCCGGAAUUCUAGAUGCUAGUCCCACUCAUGCCCCCCACUUUCCGAGUUAUUCAGGCUCAGCCCACCUGGUCUCAGUCCCCUCCUGGCCUCUACAGUGUUGACAGUCAAGAUUCCACUGUGACUUUUGACAGCUACAAACUCAGACAAUUCUGAUCCUGCUAGGGAGCAGGUAACAGGUCCCCAAGAGCAGUGACCAAGACUGCAUCCUGAGGUACACACAGCCCUUAACUGUCCCACAUCCGAUGGCCUCUAAAGGAACCCCUUUCUAACUUCCUGAUGUGAAUCUGCUGGAAAGAACAUUGAAACAAAACAAACAAAAAACGCCAAAUAAUAAAUAAAUAAAUAAAUAAAUAAA